AUGCUAUUCGGGUUUAAACCACGCUUUACACCUGGCGAUUUGGCGAUAGAUGAAGCAAUACGCAAGGAGUUGAUUGAGCAGCCAAAUUUCAUUCCUAAAUUUGAUGGGCAUCAUCCAGCCAAAGUGUAUGCCGUGCGCAUGGCGAAGAUUGAAGAAAUGCGGGACACUGCUACUGAAAUUCGUCUCCGAUCUCAACAGAAAAACGCUGAGGAAUCUGAAAUGCACCUGCGUAAAUACACCCAAAUGAAGAGAGGUGAUUUGGUCUUACUACGAAGAUUGUCACAAGAUAACAAUCAUAGUCACAAGUUGGAACCCCGUUGGCUUGGCCCUUACAUUCUGCACAAACUUACGCCAAGUGGCAAGUCAGCCUUUCUCCAGGAACUCCACUCUGACCAAAUCAAGGGAAAGUUCCAUCUAAAUGACCUAAAGUUAUUUGUGUCUAGAAAGAGGCACAAUGAAGGGGAUGAACCAUGGGAGGUACACUUCAAGCGCAAUGAGGACUUGCGCAAACGAAUUCUUAGGGAGCAAAGACUUUCUGAUGUAGAGAUCCGGCGAAGGGCAGCGUUAAAUCGUGAACAGGGAAUACCAUUUGAGGAGGAAUACCAGCCACAGCAACCUGACCUAAGUUGGUGGGAUGACUUCAUCCACUUUCCUGCUGACACAGCAGAUGAGCAUGACCCUCGGUUCUGGGAGAAUCGGGGCCUGGAUUUCAAACACUUGUAAC